GGUAAAGGCGGGCGGUUCAAACCCAAGCGAGGGAAAGCAGCGGCGGUGGCCGCACGCGAGGAGCCGCUUGGCUUCCCUCCACCCACAGCGGCUCCUCACUAAGGGCAACGGGCUCCGGAGCCGGGCGGCGAGCCGCUGAGGCGGCAGGAUCCCCGCCUUCUCCAGCCAGCUGGCCGGGGGCGAGGUGGGGUGUCGCAUUCGCCUCCCCUCAGGGAGCACCGCCGGCCUCCUCGGGGGGCCGUCGCCUCUGCCCGGCGGUUUGCCCCAUGAGGAGGUGAAGCUGUUGCUUUGCUCGUGUCCGGCAUUCCAGGUGACCGAGAGACCCCCGAGCGCUGCUCCCAAAGUAGCCGUCAGUUGUCUUCAUCGCUGGGUUUUCGGUAGGGGUAAAUUGUACUUUGAAUACGGUACCUUUGCUUUGGAAGAUCUCAAAUUGCUUCGUAAACUAGGAGCCAAAGUACCAAGCAGAAGAUGUCGGACAGUCAUUCAAUAACGUUCAAUAUUCUGAAAAGAAAUAGGCUAACAUCUCCCAGCAGCAAUUUUAGAUACUCCAAUUUUAAAGACACCUGUUCCCCUUCAGUAUUUAUGGACAGCAGAUGCAAUGAUCCUGAAGUAGAACAUAAAGAAACACCGAGUGCAACAAGUUUAUCUUCUCUGCUAGAGAAUUCUGGCCAUAUUCAACCAAACACCCUCUGGUCCGUCUCAUCAUCUAUUGAAAAAGAAAUGAAUUCUAUCUCUUUAUCAGAAAGAAGAGAAGCAAAUAGAAGUACAGAUAUAUUUGAAACUCCUAAAGUGAGUAGAAAAGGCUCCUUGCUACGCAGGAGACUGCUUUUAUCCAAGGCUACUCCAGCUGGCACACCUGUAGGAUCCUGUGAAAGACAAGAUAGCUCUUCAGGAAGCGGCAGGAAAAAAAUAUUCUCUUCUGUUUCGAGCUCUGAAGAAAAACCUUCACAAACUGCCUCAGGUUCUUCAAAAGAAAACAGUUGCAAGCACCUGACAACUAGCACUUCAGAAACUGAGGACUCUAGUCCUAAUUGCCCCAAGCGGAGACUGUCCUUUUCUCAACAAAGGACUUCUACGCUAGAUGAGUCCAAAAGUAAGGACCCCUUAUCACUAGAAACAGAAUGUUUAUCACCAAUUCAGUGUAAGGAUGUUAGUGUUAGUAACACUAGUGAAUUUGGUGAAAGUGUCCUUAUGAGUGUUAAUGAGGGGUUGCUUCAGACUCCUACUUACAGUGCAUUACCUGAGACCAAAGAGAGUAAGUUCCUGACUUCUGUUGAUAGGCUUGUAGAGAACUUUAACUUUGAACUGUGUAAUAGAAACACUCCCCUUGUUAAACUGGUCAGUUACCCAAAUCUUUCAACACCUGAGGACAGUGGAUAUAAUUCACUUCAUCUGGACAAAUCAGGAGACUUAUCGUCUGAUUAUGAGGGUUCUUUCCAAGAGUUAUUUCAAAAACAUGAAGAUUCCAAAAUUCCAGACAGUAAAAGAAAAGCAAGAAAGCUUGAGCGAGUUAGAAGGUUAUCUACUCUUCGGGAACAGGGCUCGCAGUCAGAGACAGAAGAUCAUCAUGGCAGUCCUAAUUCGGAAUAUAUGCUAACAGAAGAAAGAAAUGUCAGUGAAGACCAUGGAGUAUUUUUAAAAGAACAGACUACUGAAGACUUAGUUGUAAAUUAUACAGAUCUUUCCAGAACUCCAGCUCUGCAAAUAGUCCAUGAAAUUUGCUUGCAAAGACAAAGAUCAGGCCAAAAUCAAGCCUCAGAGAAUAUUGAUGGAACAGGAAUAUUUGCAUUAGAACAUGUUCUUUCUGGACUUAUUGGCAAGAAAAUGGGCCUUGAAAAAUUAGAUAUUUUAACUGAAUUAAAAUACAGAAACUUAAAACAUGUUCUUGCUAUAGUUUUAGAUGCUUUGACAGUGGAAAGUCUCUGCAGCAUUUGGAAAGUAAGCAAAAACUGGCGUGAAAUCAUUGUGCAAGAUAAAAGUGCAGAUAGGAGGAGAAAAUCAUAUAUAAAACAGCUGAAGGAAGAAGCUGGGGAAUAUCUCCUGAAAGCUGAAGAUGCUGCCACAAGACUUAAUGUUCUCAACAGAUCUGCUCUAAGGCGUGUUCAGGCACAAGCCAGAACUCCUGUACCAACACCACCUUCUCACAUUGAGCUUACUCCCAGGAGAUGCAACUCUGUUCCCCAGUUAACUAGUAGACAGGAAGAAUAUAUAAAAGCUGCUAAAACUCUGUUCACCGAUGAAGCUCUGAAACCUUGUCCAAGAUGUCAAUAUCCUGCUAAGUAUCAAUUGGUAAAGAAACGGGGACUAUGUAGCAGAGAGGCCUGUGCAUUUGAGUUCUGUAUUUUAUGUCUGCAUUCUUUCCAUGGGUCAAAAGAAUGUAAUAGUUUAUCUGCAAAACGGAAGAACAAAGAAGAUGCUCCUCCAGGAAGUGUCCAAAGCAAAAGAAAUUUAAAAAGACUUUAAAUUUGUAAGACAUGCAAGUCCUUACACUUGAUUCCUUUCUACCUUCUCCUAAAUUUCCAGUCUUGUUCGUAUUCUUAAGUAUGCACAUUUUUGAAAGUCUAAUUUGAUGUGUUUUUGCUGACUUAUCAGGGUAACUUCUCAUAUAUGUAUCUUAAUCAGUUCAGUAUCUUUUAUGGUUAUGAAAAAAGUGAAUAUUUUAAAACAUUUUAUGUCUUGUUUUACUGGCAUGUAGUAGUUAGGUACUUACUAACAUCUUAAUUAUUCAAUAAAGUAUCUUAAAUGUAGUCUUCAGUAUCUAGCUUACAGCAUCUCAUAGAUUUUUAAAAAUGUGAUUCUUGUCUUAAUGACAAAUUAAAGAAAAAUAUUUUUUAAAAUUUGGGGAUUUAUUUAUUGUUCACUUUAAUUUACAGUAAAUACUUAAAAAUUCUGUUAAAAUUGGACCUUAAGUAGACAUGCAAGAGAUACUUCUACCUGUAUAAAUGGUGAUACCUCACAAGCAAA